AUGGUCCGUACCCUCCUCGUCUUCUCCUCUACCUCCCACUCCGCCACCACCUCCUCCCGCGGCUCCUCCGCUAUCUCCACCACCUACUCCGAUCAGAUCUGGCCGAAGGACGCCGACGACGGCCAUGGACGAGCAUCGGCGUCGCUCGCGAGCCGGUCUUCCGGAUCUGGAUCUGGAGAACAGCCCGUCGCCGGGCUCGGCUGCCGGUUGGUGGGGCCGAGAACGGGUGGCGAAGGCCUCCGACUUCUUCAUCUUCGGUGGCUCUUGAGACCAGCAAAUGGUGAGCAUCUGUUUGCUCCCAUUGGACGCCAAUUUGGAUACGUGUUGUGCUACAAGAGCUAUGUCCAAGAUCUCAAAAAUGGAGUCAAGAAGCUGGAGAAUGUGAGGAAAAGGGUGCAGAGCUCCGUCGAUGAAGCCGUCUAUGACGGAAAACCUAUACACAGUGAUGUUAAGAAAUGGUUGGAUAGCGUGGAGAAUAAGGUUAAGGAAGCACAAAAUUUGUUAAAACAAGGUGAAAGUGCAAGAAAUGCUUGCUUCCAUGGGUGGCUUCCCAACCCUAUGGUGCGCCAUCCAAUUGGCAAGAAGGUGAAGAAGAUGACUCAAGUCAUUCAGGAACUCCAUGAUGAAACCGUAAAUAAUGACUUCCAAAAGGUCCACUAUGAGAAUCCUCCGAAAGGAAUUGUCACUGCUACCACUUCUGCUGCAAGAUCUGUUGACAAGAAAGAAGAUGUCCUGGAGUUGAGGGCUUCAAUCACAGAGGAUGUAAUGAAGGCUAUAACUGAUGACAAGAUCUGUGUGGUUGGGGUGUAUGGACCAGGUGGGGUUGGCAAGUCAAAGCUUUUGGAGGAUGUCGAAAGGCAAGUUAAGAAAAAGAAGCUAUUUGAUAUGGUUGCCAUGGCAAAUAUAUCACGCAAUCCAGAUUUAAAAACAAUCCAGGGAGAUAUUGCUGACGCACUAGGCCUAAAGCUAAUGAAUGUGGAAACUACUCGUGGGAGAGCCGAUCGUUUGCGUGAGAGUAAGACCAUCGAAGACGCUAGAGAUAGGUUGAUAAUGGAUCUAGAAUGCCUGCAAGACUCUUCUUUAUUACUAGACAGUGAUGUCACGGAAGAGAUAAGAAUGCAUGACAUAAUCGCUGACGUGGCCAUCUCUAUUGCUUCCACAAAAUGGAAUGCCUUGGUCGGGAGGGUGGAUUGUGGGUUUAAAAAAUGGUCAAAGGAUGAGCUCAGAAAAUGCACCGUAAUAUCCUUCCCUCAGGUUGGCGUUGAAGAGCUCCCUGAAAUAUUGGACUGCCCAAACUUGAGGAUGUUUCUGUUGUAUGAAGACAACCCGUCUCUGAAAAUUCCCGAGUCAUUUUUCGAAUCUAUGGAGAAGCUCCAAGUCUUGGACUUAUCUUGCUUAUCUAUCACCUCUUUACCUUCAUCAAUUCAGUUCCUUAAGAACCUCAAGUCGCUAUGUCUUGAUUUCUGCCAUAUGGAGGAUGUGACUGAUCUUGGAAAGCUAAAAGCACUGCAGUUCUUAAGUCUCACCGAAUCUACAAUUACUCGGUUGCCCAAAGAAAUAGGUGAGCUAAUAGAAUUGAGAUUUCUGGACUUGACAGGGUGCACUAGGCUCAAAGUUAUUGAACCUGGCAUGCUCGGAAGCCUGAUUAACUUAGAAGAACUGUAUAUGGAAAACAGUUUUGAUAAGUGGGAGGCUGAGAUGAAGAAUCACGAAAAAACGCAAGAUCUCCACUUGGAUGGCUUGCAACAUGGUGUCGAUAGCAUUCACAAUUUGUGCAUCAAAGGAUUUCAGGAAUUGAAGCAUCUUCACCUUGAAGAGAUUGAAAUAAGCAGUUGCCACUUAAUGCAGCAAAUUGUUGCAGAUGCUGAGGUAGAUGAAGACAGAGAUGAAAUAUAUGAUGAUAACAAAGUGAAGUCAUGCAAUUUGCGUAGGCUAACAUUACAAAACUUGCCAAAUAUGGUGAGCUUUUAUAAAACCGGGGAUGAUUCGGUCGAUUUCUUCGAUGGGCAACAGAUUCUUUUUCCCAGCUUGGAGGAGUUGACCGUCGUGUCAUGUGGGUUGAUGAAGAUAUGGCACAAUGAACUUUCUAAAGAAUCAUUCCGCAAACUAGCAUCCAUCACAAUCCGAGAUUGUGAAAAUUUGUCUCAUAUUUUUCCAUCAAAUAUAAUAGAGGUGUUCCGGAGCCUGGAAAUGAUUGAUGUGGUCCAUUGUACCUCUUUGGAAUCAUUAAUCGAACAUGUUGCUGUUAAUACUAAGAAAAUGCCAAAAAGUUUGGUCUUCCUAAACUUAAACAAAGUGAAGUUGUGGGAACUACCGAGGGUGUAUGCGUUAGUGACAAGUAGCUCCCAAGCAACUUUGAAUCUUCCUAGUCUGACUACCAUUAGCUUGCGCAACUGCCGCAGUCUGAGAUAUCUCUUCACAUAUGAUACAUCCGGGACUCUUGAUAAACUUGAGAUGCUGGAUGUUUCUUAUUGCAAUAAGAUGCAGGAAGUAGUUGCCAUUGAAGAAAGUGAAGAGCCAAAGUUGAAGGCAAUGAAGUUCUCUCGUUUACAGAGAUUGAAGCUUUGUUCCCUUGAGAGCUUGAUUAGUUUCAGCUCAGGAAGUUGUGCAUUCGAGUUUCCCUCCCUCACAAACUUGUCAAUUCUAGAGUGCACUAAACUCAAGGCAUUCAUACUGAGGCUGCCAGUGCCAAGAGUGGAGAUGACAAAUGAGGGAACUGCUGGUUCCAAUGAAAGUCCACAUUGUUUAUUUGAUGAUAAGUUGAGGGACCUGCCGAGGCUGGAUGCGUUAGUGACAAGUAGCUCCCAAGCAACUUUGAGUCUUCCUAGUCUGACUAUUGUUAGCUUGCGCAACUGCCAUAGUCUGAGAUAUCUCUUCACAUAUGAUACAUCUGGGACUCUUGAUAAACUUGAGAUGCUGUAUGUUUCUGAUUGCAAUAAGAUGGAGGAAGUAGUUGCCGUGGAAGAAAGUAAGAGCGAAAGCUCAGGAAGUUGUGCAUUUGAGUUUCCCUCCCUCACAAACUUGUCAAUUCUGGAGUGUGCUGAACUCAAGGCGUUCAUACUGAGGCUGCCAGCGGCAAGAGUGGAGAUGAUGAAUGAGGGAACUACUGGUUCCAAUGAAAGUCCACACUGUUUAUUUGACGAUAAGGUUCUUUUUAUGAGCUUGGAGAAGUUGACCCUCGUGUCGUGCGGGUUGAUGAGGAUAUGGCACAAUGAACUUUGUAAAGAAUCAUUCCACAAACUAGCAUCCAUCACAAUCCAAGAUUGUGAAAAUUUGUCUCAUAUUUUUCCAUCAAAUAUAAUAGAGGUGUUCCGGAGCCUGGAAAUGAUUGAGGUGGUCCAUUGUACCUCUUUGGAAUCAUUAAUCGAACAUGAUGCUGUUAAUACUAAGAAAAUGCCAAAAAGUUUGAUCGUCCUAAACUUAAACAAAGUGAAGUUGAGGGACCUGCCGAGGCUGGAUGCGUUAGUGACAAGUAGCUCCCAAGCAACUUUGAGUCUUCCUAGUGUGACUACCAUGGAGGAAGUAGUUGCCGUGGAAGAAAGUAAAGAGCGAAAGGUGAAGGCAAUGAAGUUAUCUCAUUUAAAGAGACUAGAGCUUUGUUCCCUUGAGAGCUUGAUUAGUUUCAGCUCAGGAAGUUGUGCAUUUGAGUUUCCCUCCCUCACAAACUUGUCAAUUCUGGAGUGUGCUGAACUCAAGGCGUUCAUACUGAGGCUGCCAGCGGUUCUUUUCCCCAGCUUGGAGGAGUUGACCGUCGUGUCAUGUGGGUUGAUGAAGAUAUGGCACAAUGAACUUUGUAAGGAAUCAUUCUGCAAACUAGCAUCCAUCACGAUCCAAGAUUGUGAAAAUUUGUCUCAUAUUUUUCAAUCAAAUAUGAUAGAGGUGUUCCGGAGCCUGGAAAUGAUUGAGGUGGUCAAUUGUACCUCUUUGGAAUCAUUAAUCGAACAUGUUGCUGUCAAUACUAAGAAAAGGCCAGAAAGUUUGGUCUUCCUAAACUUAAAAGAAGUGAAGUUGUGGGACCUGCCGAGGGUGGAUGCGUUAGUGACAAGUAGCUCCCAAGCAACUUUGAAUCUUCCUAGUCUAACUACCGUUAGCUUGCGCAACUGCCACAGUCUAAGAUAUCUCUUCACAUAUGAUACAUCCGGGACUCUUGAUAAACUUGAGAUGCUGGAUGUUUCUUAUUGCAAUAAGAUGGAGGAAGUAGUUGCCGUGGAAGAAAGUAAAGAGCGAAAGGUGAAGGCAAUGCAGUUCUCUCAUUUAAAGAGACUGGAGCUUUGUUCCCUUGAGAGCUUGAUUAGUUUCAGCUCAGGAAGUUGUGCAUUUGAGUUUCCCUCCCUCACAAACUUGUCAAUUCUGGAGUGUGCUGAACUCAAGGCGUUCAUACUGAGGCUGCCAGCGGCAAGAGUGGAGAUGAUGAAUGAGGGAACUACUGGUUCCAAUGAAAGUCCACACUGUUUAUUUGACGAUAAGGUUCUUUUCCCUAGCUUGGAGGAGUUGACCGUCGUGUCAUGUGGGUUGAUGAAGAUAUGGCACAAUGAACUUUGUAAAGAAUCAUUCUGCAAACUAGCAUCCAUCACGAUCCAAGAUUGUGAAAAUUUGUCUCAUAUUUUUCCAUCAAAUAUGAUAGAGGUGUUCCGGAGCCUGGAAAUGAUUGAGGUGGUCAAUUGUACCUCUUUGGAAUCAUUAAUCGAACAUGUUGCUGUUAAUACUAAGAAAAUGCCAAAAAGUUUGGUCUUCCUAAACUUAAACAAAGUGAAGUUGUGGGACCUGCCGAGGCUGGAUGCGUUAGUGACAAGUAGCUCCCAAGCAACUUUGAGUCUUCCUAGUGUGACUACCGUUAGCUUGCGCAACUGCCACAGUCUAAGAUAUCUCUUCACAUAUGAUACAUCUGGGACUCUUGAUAAACUUGAGGUGCUGGAUGUUUCUUAUUGCAAUAAGAUGCGGGAAGUAGUUGCCAUGGAAGAAAGUAAAGAGCGAAAGUUGAAGGCAAUGAAGUUCUCUCAUUUACAGAGACUGAAGCUUUGUUCCCUUGAGAGCUUGAUUAAUUUCAGCUCAGGAAGUUGUAUAUUUGAGUUUCCCUCCCUAAGAAAUCUCUCAAUUUUGGAGUGCAGUGAACUCAAGGCAUUCAUACUGAGGCAACAGACGCCAAGAGUGGAGAUGAUAAAUCGGGGAUUUGCUGGUUCUGAUGAAAGUUCACAUUCUUUAUUUGACGAGAAGGUCAUAUUUCCCAAAUUAGAAGAGCUACGUCUAACAGGAAUUCAAUCAAGAGAAUUUUGGGAGAAUGAGACUGACUACGGGCACAUUUGCUGCCUAAAGAUCCUUGAGGUAAAGCAUUGUCACAACCUGUUGAAUGUUAUUCCUUCGUUCAUGUCGAAGAGGCUGCUUCACUAUUUGGAGUCCUUGACAAUGGAGUCAUGCAAUCUGAUAGAAAGCAUAUAUACACUUGAGGGCCUCAGGGUGAUGGAGAGAGAAACUGCAAGGAGCAGUCCAUUGAGAGAGCUAUCUUUAUGUAAUCUCCCAAAUUUGACAUAUAUAUGGAAGAAUGAGGAUUCACUAAAUCUUUGCCUUCACAAUCUAACUUCAAUAAGAGUUGAGAAGUGCCCACGUCUAAGAAGCCUUUUUACAAUGUCCAUGGCAAAAAGUCUGGGACAACUCCGAUAUCUAGGUCUAUGUGGUUGUGAAAAGAUGGAGUACACUGUAGUUAGAGAAGAGGAAAAACCUGAAGAAGCAGCCGAUAUAAUUGUAUUUCCUCGACUUGUCACUCUAUAUCUUCACAACAUGCCAAAACUCAGAAGUUUCUGUCAAGGGAAGCAUAUUUCAGAGUGGCCUGCCUUAAAAGAGUUUACUGCUGAAUAUUGUAAAGCUGUGGAGGUGAUUGUAGGAGAUACCGGUUGUAGAAAACUAGAGGGCAGCAUUCCAACGCAGCAAGUACUUUUGCUGGUCCACAAGUCUUACGUGGCUGUUAACGAAGUGGUCGAUCUUCCUCUGGAGGCUCUUUUAAAUUGCUAA